UAGUACGUUUAGCAACUGAUGGUGUAAAAGAAAAUUAGAAAUUAUAUUUUGUAGCAUGUUUUUUUGUUGUUUGGGCUUAACUUUAAGUUACAUCAAUAUAUUAUAUACAUCUCGGUAGUCAGAAAAGUUUCAAGCGAAUUUUUUUUCUUCUCGUAACAGUGAUUAUAAAGUGAAAACAGUACUAACAGCUAGUGCCUUUUUCAUGCAUGUAUAUUAUAGGUAUAGUUAUAAAUGCUUGUUAAGCCUAGAUUAUCAUGUGGUGGUUAUACUUAUAGCAUGAGCUUUGGAUAUCGCUAUCUGUUAACAGUAGACGUUUAUCAGUGUUAUUGUAUAUGGCAGAGGUGAUUUCUGUUGGAAAUUAAUAUCGUCAUGACGAAUUUUUUUGCUAACGUCAUUCACCCUGUUAAACUGUUCUCACAGUUUAACUUUUUCAGAUUCUGUCCUUACCAAGUAUUAUGUUCUAGUAAUGCAGUGAGAAGUUUAUCUAGUUUUUAUAGAAGUAUACCAAAUAACAUUAAUUUAUUGUAUGUACCUAUAUCCAGAGUCAGGCCAUGGACUGCCUUUGGUUGGACCUUUUCUGAAAUGAGUUUAUGUAAAUCAUGUGUUAAAUUUAAUUCGGCAUCUGCUACCAACUGUUUUUCUUCUAAACUGUGUGGGUUUGGCAAACAUUUCUCAACUGACAGAGAAACGUUUGCAAAAAGAAGUUCGUCGAGACAAAAUCCGAAAGAAGAGAGCCAAGAUAUAACAGUCACCUUAACUGGCUCUUCUAAGUUACGAUUACCUAGAACAAGGCACAGGUUUCUAGAAACUCGGAAGAAAGUGUCAAAAAGAAUGGUGGAAAUUAAGGAAAAUGUGAUGACAAUUCCGAAUGGACUGUGUCUGUUAAGAAUAGGAGCAACUCCUCUGCUUGGCUACCUGAUCCUCGUUGGUAAUUAUGAGGCCUCAUUUGGUCUUUUUGCUGCAGCUGGGGUAACUGAUAUGCUAGAUGGCUACAUAGCCAGAAAGUUUCCAAGUCAGCAGUCAGUAAUUGGAAGUUUUCUUGAUCCAAUGGCCGACAAGUUCCUUAUUGCAACAUUGUUUAUUACACUUACCAUUGCAGAGCUUCUUCCAGUUCCUCUUACUACUCUGAUUGUGGCAAGAGAUGUAUGUUUGGUAACAGCCGGUUUCUACAUUCGAUACCAGUCACUGCCAUCACCCAGGACUCUCUCUCGAUACUUUGAUGUGACUUUGCCUACAGCCAAGCUUUCUCCCACAUUCAUUAGUAAAGUGAACACAGCAAUUCAAUUCUCUCUGGUUGCUUUUACACUCGCUGCCCCAGUGUUUGGAUACGUUGAUCAUCCAUACAUGAAACUUCUGUGGUACUUGACUGCUGUCACGACUGUGUCUUCAGGAGUGAGUUACAUGUUCUCAAAAAAUACUUACAAAUUUCUCAAAUCACGGUCACCCAAAAAUGUUUAAUAAACUUUCUUUUAUAUAUAUAGAGACUGAUGUUCGUCAUUGUAUAGCUAGCUAGCCUUCAGCUAGUCAACCCUGAAAUACACAAUCAUCUUUAAAACAAUUGUUUUAUGUACAAAAUGUUACUGGCAUGGUAAGAGUUAUUUUCCAUAUGUUACUGGGGGGGUUGUAAUCUUCAUUUUAAAGCUGCUGGUUUUCAAAUCAGAAAUAACUCUUCAAUUGUGAAAGUAUCUGAUGAUUAAUAAUGAAAGUUUGUGAUGUUUUGUAGCUUUUGAAACUGAUUAAAUAUUUUUAUUAUUUCAA